AGAGGGGAGUCGGAAGAGAGGGGUGGAAAUGCAAUCUGAGAAAAAACAUGUCUUGGGAAAAUUCUGCAGGGCCUCGCCCCUGGACAGAGCUUUGUUUCUCACGGCGUCUCCACGCAGGCGAGCUCCGCCCGCCCCGCACCCGCGGGUUGCCGGGGUCCCGGGUUCGAGCCUGCGUGGGACCAGGAGAUGCCCCCAGGCCCUCGACCCGCGCUACACACUUCCGUUCCCAGAAAGCGGCCCGGCGCGUCCUAUCUCAAUUUACCCGCCCAGGGGUGAGAGCAAGCCGCUGGCUCUUCCGUCAAACUCUAAAAGGGCUAGUCAGUGACAAAGAUGGGGCGGGGGCGGGACCCCAAACCCCGGCUGCUGCCUGAGCCGGUGCUGGAGGUCCUGCGGAUCCUCCGACUUCUGAAAGAUGAACUGGAUGAGUGGAAGAGCCGGGGGAGCCUCUUAACCUCCUGAACUCGGGGGGCUCAGAUCCCGAAGUGGUGUUCCAGUCCACCAGGACCCAGCCUCCAGCUUCGCCCCUCGAAGUCUGAAACCCCAAGCAGGGCUUUUUGUGGCGAAUCGGUAGGCAAAGAAUUCUUGCCCCUCACUCCUGCUGGCCUCGGUCAGAUUACUUUUCACAGACUGGAGCUGGCUGGGAGGUGGGGAUACUUACUUUUAAACCUUUUAUAUGUGUUCACUACACCUUGUGUGGUUGGCAGUGGAGAGCGGGGGAGGGGGGUUUCCAAAUCUAGUGAAAUCCCCAUUCGUGGGUAUGAUCAUGCCUGUGGGGUUGGCAGUUCUUAAAAGUUCAGCAAGCCUGCAAAUAACUACAGAACACAAUACGGUCCCCCUCCCUUCCUCUCUCUCUCUCUCUCUCUUUUUUUCCUUUUCCUGCCUCCAAACGCCUUCUUGGAGGCUGAAGCUGGGCAGGUCUCCAAAGGUGCAGCAGUCACAACAAUCCCGCAGUUCAAAGGUAAACAGAAGUUGCACAACUUUCAGCCGCUCUCUUUAGGCGGCUACUAAUGAGCUAAGAAACCAGGAGCAUCUGAGGAGGUGAAGAGGAAGCUCCCAGUUCUCCUGCCUCCACUCUGCAAAUCCCAAACCUCCCCCCUCACCUCCAAACCCCCCACAGCCCCCGCCCCACUCACCCCGAGAACUUGAAGGUACCCUCGCUGUUCGCUGGCCUGGCGGACCAUGGCUCCCUUUGGAAGAAACUUGCUAAAGACUCGGCAUAAAAACAGUACAACAAAACUGCGUACACCCCUGUGAGUUUCCCUCCCAUGACUACUUCCGUUGCCUCAAAUUGACUCUUCAACAUCUACCCAUACAACUGGCUUUCAUUCAGGGAGAUCCCCAACUAAAGAAAUGGAUUCAGAAGAGAAGGAAAUUGUGGUUUGGGUUUGCCAAGAAGAGAAGAUUGUCUGUGGGCUAACCAAACGCACCACCUCUGCUGACGUCAUCCAGGCUUUGCUUGAGGAACACGAGACUACAUUUGGGGAGAAACGAUUUCUUCUGGGAAAGCCCAGUGAUUACUGCAUCAUAGAAAAGUGGAGAGGCUCUGAACGGGUUCUUCCUCCCCUAACUAGAAUCCUGAAGCUUUGGAAAGCAUGGGGAGACGAGCAGCCUAAUAUGCAGUUUGUUUUGGUUAAAGCAGAUGCUUUUCUUCCAGUUCCCUUGUGGCGGACAGCUGAAGCCAAAUUAGUGCAAAAUACAGAAAAACUGUGGGAGCUCAGCCCAGCAAAUUACAUGAAGACAUUACCACCAGAUAAACAAAAAAGAAUUGUCAGGAAAACUUUCCGGAAGCUGGCUAAAAUUAAGCAGGACACAGUUUCCCAAGAGCGAGAUAGUAUGGAGACAUUAGUUCAUCUGAUUAUUUCCCAGGAUCACACUAUUAAUCAACAAGUCAAGAGAAUGAAAGAGCUGGAUCUGGAAAUUGAAAAGUGUGAAGCUAAAUUUCAUCUUGAUCGGGUAGAAAAUAAUGGUGAAAAUUAUGUCCAGGAUGCAUAUAUGAUGCCCAGUUUCAGGGAAGUUGAGCAAAAACUAUGCUUGGAAUAUGAUGAAAGGCAGAUUCUGGAGGACCUGAGAGAAAGUGAUGGAAUUGUACAGCUGGAGGAACGACUGAUCUACUACAGAAAGCUCAUUGAUAAGCUCUCUGCCGAAAUAGAGAAAGAAGUAAAAAGUGUUUUCAUGGAGAUAAAUGAAGAUGCAGAAGGGGCAGCUGCCAGUGAACUCGAAAGCUCUAAUUUAGAGAGUGUUAAGUGUGAUUUGGAGAAAAGCAUGAAAGCUGGUUUGAAAAUUCACUCUCACUUGAGUGGCAUCCAGAAAGAGAUUAAAUACAGUGACUCAUUGCUUCAGAUGAAAGCUAAGGAAUAUGAGCUCCUCGCCAAGGAGUUCAAUUCCCUUCAUAUCAGCAGUGCAGAUGAAUGCGAGCUGAAGGAAACCAGAGGAAAGGAAUCCGAGGUGCCCACCAGCAAUGGAGUGGUUUCUCCUUUUCCUCAAAGAAUAUUUAACAUGUAUACCAAUGACACGGACUCAGACACUGGUAUCAGCUCUAACCACAGUCAGGACUCAGAAACAACUGCCGGAGAUGUGGUGCUGUUGUCAACGUAAUUUAAAUGGCUUCACUCUGACCUACUUUAAUAUUGUUCCUGUUUGUUUAAUUUAAUAGGAAAAUUUAAAUAUUCCACUCUGGAGAAAAAUGUAAAUAAUGUUAAGGAAUUCAGUAGCUAAUAAGAACUAGAGAAUUUUGUUUGUUGCUUUGUUUUUGAUUUAAGAGUUCCAGUGUUAUCUAAUUAUUACAAGUUCAAACAAUGAGCUGUUUAUUAGGAAUGCAGCAAAAAUAGCUUGUAGGUAUAUAACAGAGAAAUAAUUUGAUGUGAAUUUUAAUCUGUUUCUAUGAGAAGUGAUUUAUUCAAACUUCAAUUCUUAAUAUUAGACAUCAAUAUAUUGAAACUGCAUAUGUGAACAAGUAAAAUUAAGAUGUAUUGUUAUCGAGUUUUCAACACUGUAUUAUUGGUAUUUAAUAAUCUGUAAAGUACAUGAUAACUCUUAUAUUAUAACUGUAUUAAUUCAAAUUUGUUCAUUUCUUUGCUAUUUAGAAUGUACAUCAUCUCUGUUACUUCUUGAACCCCUCUACCUGUUUAGGUUUAGGUUACAGGAGAUGGAAGGGUCGUUACUGGGACAUGUACAAAUACCAUCAGUGGAUCAGACAGGGGUAUAAAUAAGAAAAGCCAAGUUUUGCAGACAACAGCAACUUUUCUAAAGAAGCUAAAAAUUAAUAAGAGAUAUGUAUGUGCUUUCUCUACCUGAUAUGCAAACCUUUAGAUCAAACCAGUCAUCUGUGCAGGUUCAUUGUUCGAGUGAGAUAUGGUGUGGGUUACAGAGAAGAAUCACAGGGUCAUAGUCCUAUUUGAUUAUACAUUAUCUAAAAAAGUUGAAGGGAUGUAGCUUGGGGUCCUUUGUGUGGGUAAAAUAGAGCUCCAUGUACCUUAAGUACCCCAGGAGGAGGGCAUGGCAACCCACUCCAGUAUUUUGCCUGGAGAAUCCCAUGAACAGAGGAACUUGGAAGGCUACAGUUCAUAGGGUCACAAAGGGUCAGACACGACAAGCAACUUGGCACACACGAGAAAACACCCAUAAAUAUUAGUAUUUUUCCUUUGAAAAUAGAGAUAGGAGCUCCUGUGAACAAAAACCUUUUAUUCUGCUACACUAUAAUUCAGAUUGUCUUUAUGGUCCUUCAUCCAAGGUGCAAACUGAAAAAAAAAAGUAGCUCUAUUGUAUCCCACUCUCAAGCAUGAAAGUAAAUAUCCAACAAAUUGAAAAGAUGAUUUAGAUUCUGUCUUGACUGACAAUCAUUAUAGAGCCAGAAGAGGCUUGGUUUGGCUUGGUUUUUAGUUAGGAAGUUCCUUUCUUUUCUCUUUCUCUCUCUUAUCUCCUUCUUUCCCUGCCUAUUUCUUGCUAUUGAAUACAUGACAUAAUCAUAUUAAAAACUGUUUUGUUGUACUAUUACAUGAAUACAGCUGCAGUUCAUUUUUCCUUUAGCUAAUACCUUUCUCACAUGUGAGUAGAUGAUUAUUUUACUUAGCUUUAAUAUGUGGAUAUUGGUUAAGAGUCAGUAUUUCUCAUUUCUUCCCUUUUUACCUUUAUGUUUACUGUACUAUAUGUUUUAACUCAGUUUCCUAAUCUUUUUUAAAAUUUCUCCAUCCUCCAGACAUUUUGCCAACCUUUGGGAAGAUAUUUAAAUUUUCUUAAUAUUUCAGUUUUGGGGAGUAUCUAAUGUUACCAUUUUUCAUACUAAGAUACUGUUGAAGGCCUUACUUAAAGUUGCAUGAUAAGAAAAGUAGGAAUUUCCACUGUAGGGAAAGUAUGCUAAUAGGUAAUAACACAAACAUGGGUUUAAUUUAAAAGAAAUAAGAAGGGACUUGAACAGUCAUUUAAGAAAGGGAAGUUUAUUUGCCUAAUAUCUCAUUAAUCAUUCAGCACUAUGGAAAGCUAAUGACAUAUUUAUUAUUCUCUUCUGGGGAUUAAACUCAGAAGAUCAUCAUCAAAUAUAAAACAGUUGUAGUGUUGUUUUUCAAAAGUAAUAUCUUUAGAUCUCUUUGGAUUACUCUUUAGUGAGAAAAGAACAUUGUUAUCUGCUAUAUAAUUUGAUUAUCUGAAUCCAAAUCUGAUAAGAAAUAGAACUAGUUAGAUAAUGCCAUUUUAGAAACUUUGCAUUAAUGUCUGAUUUUAUACAAUUAAGCAUAGUGAUGCAUUCUAAGGGCAAAUUCUUCUAUUUUUACAGUAAAUAAUGUUAAAAACUCUUGUCAGAAAGCAAGACCAUUGAGUUUUAAAAUCACCUUAGAAUUUCAACUUGUUCUGUUGUUAUACAAAUGUAUUUGUGCCUUUGAUUCAUUACAGUAUUAAAUCAUCAUUUUCCAUGGUGAAUCUCUAAUUUAGAAUAAUAUAUUAAUACAAAUAAAAACACUAAAAUGCAUUGCCCUCAUCUCUGGAUACUGAGCUAUGCAAAAUUAAAUGAGAAUGUAUAUUCUAAAUUUAGAACUUGAUAGAAACUUUAGUAUUUUAAUUAUUUAUAGAAGCUUUAAAAUAAAGUGUUUAUAAAUUCUUGAGUAACCUAACAAAUUAACUAUGAAAUUGUUAUAUGAAGCUAGAAGUAGCAAACAAAAGCUGACUAUUUUCCCCUAUAACAAGACAGAUUUUCACAGAACUGUGUUCAUUCUCCCACUUAAAAUGUCUCUUUUUUUCUUCCAUCUGCUGUAUACUGAAAUACCAUCCAUUUGAAGCUUUUCAAUGUGUUAUUCCUUUCUAUGAAACAUGUUUUUCUAUUCAACCAUUGUAAUACUUUAUCUCUGAUACUUUGUAAUACUUUAUCUCUGAACCCACAAUUAUUUUAGGUGUAUUUUUCAUAAAGGAGCAUUUAUAUUCUGGUUUAGCUUAUAUUUAUUUGUGUACUUAUCUAACUUCCCUCCCUCAACAUAUUUUUAUUGCCUUGUUACUUGGUCUAUCUUGUUAACCUUACUGCCUCUAAUCAAUCUUUUUGCCCCUACUCAAUUCUGGAACUGAAUUGCUAAAUUUUAGAAGACUGUAACUUAAAAAAAAAUAUUAAAAAAAAAAGACAGAAGACUGUAACUUAAAAAAAAAAAAAUGAUACCAGUGCAUUUUAUACAUAAAAUAUGCAUUUUAGCAAACUUAAAACAUUAACAAUUCUACUUAUAAAUCCUUUGGAAGAGAGACUACGUCUUAGUGUCAUUAUGAAAAAUUGUUACUGUACUAUCAAUUUUCUGUUUUAUUUUUAAUUCACAGAGUUACCGAUUGCAAACAAUGGGAAUAUUUUCUUUAUAAAAGCUCAUCAGUGGUUAAAUUAUGGUGUUUUUCACUGCAUCCAUGCAUUUAAUAAAAAAUAUUUUAUAGAGCUAGGUUUUAAGAGAUACACAAAAUAACUUUGAAAUAUCUUAACUAUUUUAUUUUCUCUUUUUCACUAAAAAUAUAAAUAAAUGGCCUUUCAUUGGUGUGUAGAAGCUAUUUUAAUCCAUUAAAAUUUUAUUUUUAUAUUUAUUUAAACAUCUACUGUACAUGACAAAAUAUAUUUCUGUGGCUGCAUUUUAUAAUUUUACAAGGUAGGAUUAUUAUUUUAAUUGAAAUGUAUUUUUCUUGAGACAAAAGGAAUAUCUUUUAAUGUGAUAUAGAUUUCUUUUAAAUAUUACGCUAUUUCUUUUCAUACUACCUGAUUGGUUUAAUAACUUGUUGUGACAAGUACAAAAUACAAACAAUUUCUUCAAGUGUAACCAGUCCAAAAUAAUAAACGGAAUAGUUGUAUACUUUCGUGUGAUAUUGUUUGUCUUUUUGGGUGUGUUACCUGUCUAUAUUAAAAACAAAUUUUUUAUCAGUUGAAAUUAUAUAAUUGUCAUGCUAACUCACACAAGUUGAUAUCAGGCAUCAUUUCAUGACAAUAUUAAUAUAGAGCAAAAUGAUCUAACAAAACUUUUUGUUGGGUUUCAUACAUAUUUGUUUCAACUUAUCAUGAAAGAAUGUCCUCACUUUUAUACUAGAUGACUGGUUUUAUACUAGAUGGAUAAUAGAUGGCUAUCUUACUUUCUAUAAUGAAAUCCAGUUAAAAAUAAAAAUACUCAAGUAUAUAUCUACCCUGCUAUUAUUCAGUUUGCCACUA